GCGGCGGGGGAAGGGGGGAAAGCCAAGAGUGAACCUCGUCUUUAUCCCCACGUCCUGCGUGGAUCGCGGCUUCCUACCCCUCCUUCCUCACUUGCAAUAGCAUCCCGGCUCUUUUCGAGCCGCAGUUCGAGCCGCCCUGAAGCCGCGGGGACGGAGCGGGGAGGGAGCGGAGUGGUACGCGCCGCCCCCCUCCCCCCCACGGCACUGGCGGUGGGUGCGGCUGGACCCGCUGCCUUUUCCUCUCAGUCCGGUCGCCGCCAUGAGUAUGCUCCGGCUGCAGAAGAGGCUGGCCUCCAGCGUCCUGCGCUGCGGCAAAAAGAAGGUUUGGCUGGAUCCCAACGAGACCAAUGAAAUUGCCAAUGCCAACUCCCGUCAGCAGAUCAGGAAGUUGAUUAAAGAUGGUCUGAUCAUCCGCAAACCUGUGACUGUUCACUCCCGUGCACGAUGCAGGAAGAACACCUUGGCCCGCCGAAAGGGCAGGCACAUGGGCAUUGGUAAGAGAAAGGGCACGGCCAACGCCCGUAUGCCUGAGAAGGUGACCUGGAUGAGGAGGAUGCGGAUCCUGCGGCGGCUGCUCCGCAGAUACAGGGAGUCCAAGAAGAUCGACCGCCAUAUGUAUCACAGCUUGUACCUGAAGGUCAAGGGGAACGUCUUCAAGAACAAGCGGAUCCUGAUGGAGCACAUCCACAAGCUGAAGGCAGAUAAGGCUCGCAAGAAGCUCUUGGCUGAUCAGGCUGAAGCUCGCAGGUCCAAGACCAAGGAGGCUCGGAAGCGCCGUGAGGAACGGCUGCAAGCCAAGAAGGAGGAGAUCAUAAAGACUCUCUCCAAGGAGGAGGAGACCAAGAAGUAAACUGUCUUCUGUACAUCCUGUUUUCCAUCUGUGGUUGCUCAGUAAAAUAUGUCUGGGACUA